CUCAUGGAGAUGCACCCUCCAGAUUCUCCAGAAAAAGAGAUUUAAAUGGCUUUUGGGUACCUCUCUGGGGACAUUUACUCAACUGGGAGAUCUCGAAAUAUUCUGGGAAGCAUCUGCUACUUCCACUCUCAAAUGAGGUUCCAGUGUGCUUGCUCACACCUUCUCAAGUGCUCAACUCCUGGAGCAAAGGCAGCUUCCCUAGCCCAUCUGGUUCCUUCAGUGUGGGCAGCUUCAUCAGUGCUCCUGCAGUGCAAAUGGCUUCUGCAGUACCCAAUUACUGCAGUGUGCACAGCCUCCAGCAUCCAGCUCCUUCAGUGUGGGCAGCUUCAGCAGUGGCAGGCUCCUGCAGUGCAGGUGGCUUCGACAGCACCCAAUUACUGCAGUGUGCACAGCCUCCAGCAUCCAGCUCCUGCAGCAUGGGCAGCUUCUCCAGUGCCAGCUCAUGUGAUGUGGCUGGCUUCUCCAGCAUCUGGCUCCUGCAUUGCAGGUAGUUUCUCCAGCACAGAUGCCAACAGCUCUGAGUUGCCUGAAGCUUCCUCCAGCACUGCCUUUGGGUGGUUUUGUAGCAAAGUGUCUCUGGCACAUUCCAAACCACAGAGUGGGGAGGAGAAUUCCAAGCAGGAUGACAGGAUUGUCUCAGUGAAUUGA